AUGGCUCCUAUCGCACUUGACGAACCAGCUGCUGCAAGCACCAAUAGGAUUCUCACUAAGCCAUGGUCUCGGCCAAAGGUCACAUCUGAGAAGCUCGACUGGGCCGACCUGCCCAAGAUUGACCUGUCGCGCUUUGACGAGCCUGGAGGGAAGCAAGCCAUGGCCAACGAUCUCUAUGAUGCCGUUACCAGAGUCGGGUUUUGGUCCGUAGUCAAUACCGGUAUAGAUGAUGAGCGCGUUCUUCGCCAGUUUAGCAUCGGGAACACAUUCUUCAAGGAGCCUCUCGAGGAGAAGCGCAGGUAUCCUUGCAACUUUGCCGAGGGCGAGUACUUUGGCUACCGUGAGAACUCGCGUUGGAUCGGAGACACAGGUGUGAAAGAAAACAUCGAAAUGCUCAAUGUGCCCAAGGCUAUUCCAGCCUAUGAAGAUGUGGGCAAGCAUGAGGUAGUGAAGGAGAACUACCGAGAGAUCGCACAGUUUCAUCGUGACUUAUGGGAGAACGUAAUUCGCAAGCUUUAUGUCUUGAUUGCUAUUAUCCUUGAGUUGCCAGAGAACUAUUUGGUGGAUGCCCAUGCGUAUAACGACCUGUCUGAUGAUCACUUGCGCUACAUGAUAUACAACGUCAGGACGCAGGAAGAGUGGGACAAGGCUCAGGCUUAUUCCAAGGGUGGCCAUACAGACUUUGGCAGUCUGACGUUAUUGUUUUCUCAACAUGUUGCUGGACUGCAGAUUCGCACUCCAGAAGGAGACUGGAAAUACGUCAGACCCAUUGAUGGAGGCAUCACUUGCAAUGCCGCCGACACUUUGUCGUUCCUGACCAAGGGAUUUAUCAAGUCUACAAUCCACCGCGUUGUUACGCCGCCCAAAGACCAAAUCAAUAUUCCGCGCCUGGGACUGCUAUAUUUCAGUCGGCCUGGUGAUAAUACACCAAUGAGGCCCGUACCAUCACCCGUACUUGAUCGCCUUGGUUUGCUAUCCGAGAAAGAUAAAGACCCGAAUAUACCAGUGCCUUCUGGCGUAGAGUAUGUCCGUGCCCGGGUCAAGGACGUUCACCAUAAAACGGUACUGGAUAAGCGCGAGGGCACUUCAUUCGAGUUCAAGGGACUCAAGGUCCAGAACUACUAUGAUUAG